AUGGCGGGCGGCGGAGCAUCAUCCAAUGCGUCGAGACAGGGGAAGAGAGUGGACGCAGAAUCAGACUCUUCGUCUGCCUCACUCAAACGAGCCAGAGACGGCAGUGCUUUUACCAAAUGUGAGGAAUGCCAAAAGGAUGUCGCUGUGGCUUUGAUUAGCUUCCACAACUGUAGCCUUGAUGCUAAGAUCAAAAUGAAUCUAGAGGCUCAUGUUGUCGAAAUGGCUGGUGAGGUGAAGAAGAAGGCAGCAACAGAGAAAAAGAAGGCAAGACAGAUUGAUCCGAAUGCAAAGAAGGAGAAGAAGGCUGAAAUUCCAAAUAGAAAGAAGCAUCCUCCCACUGCGUUCUUCUUGUUCAUGGAUGAAUUCAGGAAAUCAUUCAAGGAAGCUAAUCCUGACUGCAAGAAGGUUGCCAUGGUUGCAAAGGAGGGUGGUGAGAAGUGGAAAUCACUGAGUGAUGAUGAGAAGAAUGUAUAUACUGAUAGAGCUGCAGAGUUAAAGCAGAGUAUCAAAAGGUAUCAGAGGCUGAAAAUGAGCCAGAUGAUAAUGAUUCAACUGAAAAUGAGGCCAAGGAUGAGUCAAGUGAAAAUGAGGCCAAGGAUCAAACAAAUGAUUCAUCUGAGAAAGAGAUUAAGGUGGGAAUAGUCAUCUAUAACUGAGGAAGAUGUCAAAGAGGAAGAAAUAGAAGAUGAUGAAUAGUCCACCAGGGCCUUUGAAUGCUGAAUUUAGGAAAUUAGGAUAGGUUUUUAGGCAUUAUCGAUGCUAAGCUUUUUUCAAACUUCUUGUAUAUAUCUCCACCGUUACUUGUUUACUACUACUAAAUGUUUUGAGGAAAUUAUGGGAAGGAAAAUGAUGCAUUUUGUGUUUAUCCCAUUAAA